AUGGUGGAGCAGUGGGUACGAUUCCAGCAAUCGCUUAAAUUUUACCUUAUGUGGGGUGAAAUUUAUGCUCAGGGUGGUGAUUUCAACCGGUUUAUGGAUGCACUACUUUUGGUCCGCUGUCGUAUUAAAGCCAUCCCUGUACUCGAGCUGGAAAGGCCGUUCAGGGAGGCUUUGAUUGCCGACGAGGAAACACUUUUCGACAUCUCUCAUACCUCCAUGGACAUCUCAACGCUGCAGUCGACAUGUUUCUUCAACGCUGAAGAAAAAUCCAUGUCGGGAGAGAAGGACUCAGCCAUAAGAAUAGAUGAGAAACCGGAAAGUGGAGCAGUAACCUCAACUCCCGCUGACCGCGCGUUUGAGCCGCUACCUUAUGAAGAUUUCUUUUCGUCACUUAGCAAGGAGUUGGAAGAGCAGAUGAGGAAAGGGAAAGUUGAAAAAGUCCUGUAUUCUCCAACUUCAUUUAAGGAUGCCGAACAUUCUAUGGAAGCAGCGGUAGAUGCAAUUAAUUUGGGAGACUCAGAAGAUGCAAUCGAAGUGAAUAGGAGUGAUUGUGGCGACCACAUUAAAAGUGGAGUGGAUCUUUCUAACGAAAUACGGAAUCCAAGCUGGUGCAUCGUUCUCCUAAUUGCGAUACAGAUCGCAAAAAUGUUCCGUGACAUUCACAGUGUCAGGAUUAUUCAUGGACAUGUCCAGCUUGACAACUUUUUAACCCUCAAUAGACUGGAAUACUGCGUUGAUACACAGCAGAUCCUUUCCACACCAUUUCUGAGGUUUAUCGAUUGGAGCAAAGCGAUCGAUAUUCCGCUGCCGGAGAGAAUUGUCCGCGAUUUGCUAAACAUUCCAGAGUGUGAUCAUUUUCCCGACUGGGACAAAGUUAUUCAGGAUCAGCUCGAGGUGUGUCUUGAUUGUGCAACUUUUUCUGCGAAUUUGUUCAUGGCGAAAUGCCUGGAACUUGAUAAGGCUCAUACCAAAUGUUCUAGGACAAUUAUGGAAACGCUCGAGGAAAUCGUCGAACAACAGAAGAAUGGUAAACUAAGCAAGGAUGAGGCUGCGGAGGUUCAUAAAAUUUGCAACUCUAUUCUACUGUGUUAUGUAUUCAAGGAUGGUAGCACAGAGCUACGCUACACGACAGAAGAAACUGGUGUUAGGAAUUCUUUGAAGGUUCGUGAUGGAGUCGAUGACGCUUCCGAAAACGGCUUUGUCGUCCACCCGUCCAUUGUCCAUUUCGUCGACUCAUACGUGAUCCUUUCUCCUCGCGUAGCCGUCCUCCGUCUUCAACUAUCGCAUCAUAAGAAGAUCACUAUCAUCAAAUGCUACUUACCGACCGAGGUAUCUGAUGAGAACGAAUUCAAUGCGUUCCACUAUCAGCUGGAGAAAGUCAUUCGCAAUGAUAAAGCAUAUCACAAAUUUGUUGUUGGAAACUUCAACGCCAGAAUAGGAAAGGCCAACGAGAGCGAAUACAGGAUCGGAAAUUUUGGGUCAGGAGAAAGAAAUGCGAAUGGGAACUGUCUCGCAGAACUCCUGUCAAUAGCACAUCUCUCCCAUGGGAACUUGUUCUUCCAGAAGAAAGAAAGCCGCCGCUGGACAUGUGAUUCUCCUAACGGCAUGACUGAUGCGGCGAUCGACCACAUUCUGACAAACAGAAAAUGGUGCCUACUUGACACAUCGGUAGUCCCGUCAUUCUGUAUUGGUUCCGAUCACCGCCUUCUUCGCGCGAAGAUUCGAUUCAGCCGCAAUCUGGAAAAGAACUCUCUUCAUCGACCACGAGGAAAAGGUCUAGCUGUAUACGAAGAGAACAUUCUGGACGAACUCCUGUCCAAACGUGACUGGCAGGUUAAAGAAGACCUGACCGAAGACUACGAGCUGCUUGUCGAAGGACUGAAAAGCUGUGCCUGA